UAAUACUUAAUUCUCACUCUUGUGCAUUGAGCCACCUUAUAAAUCUUGAGUCCUUCAAUCUCAUAAGUUCCCCCCUUCUUCAAUUCUCUUUUAAAAGUUUACCAAAAUCUCCAUUGUCAAAGCUUCAAGUUUUAAGGGUUGUCAAGAUACAAUCAAACCCUAUUUCUAUACAACCAACAAUCAAAGAUAGUUUACAUAAAUGGCAACACGUUCAUUUGUUUCUUGUUCUUCCAUUGUAGCCCUGGUUUUCUUGUUGAUUUCUAAAGGAAUAUGUGGGAGUACAUUCACUUUCAAAAACAGAUGUGAUCACAUGGUGUGGCCCGGGAUAUUAUCAAGUGCCGCUAGCACCCCAUUGGACAGCACUGGGUUCGAACUCAGCCCAGGCGAGUCACGAUCCUUCCAAGCCUCACCCGGCUGGUCAGGUCGAUUUUGGGGUCGAACCGGUUGCACCUUCGAUGAAAAUGGUCAAGGAAGUUGUGCAACUGGAGACUGUGGGUCCAACCAAAUGUCAUGCAACGGGGCUGGUGCGACCCCACCCGCAACUCUAGCCGAGUUUACCAUUGGGUCCGCGUCAGGGUCAAACUCGCUGGAUUUCUACGAUGUGAGCCUAGUAGACGGGUACAAUUUGCCAAUGGCGGUUGAAGCGAGUGGCGGAACAGGUGCAUGUGGUACAACGGGAUGUGUGACCGAUUUGAACCGAAUGUGUCCAGCAGAGUUACGAGCAGGAGAUGGUCAAGCGUGCAAAAGCGCGUGUGAGGCUUUUGGAAAUCCAGAAUAUUGUUGUAGUGGAUCAUUUGGAUCUCCCGAUACUUGUCACCCAUCGGUUUAUUCGGAAAUGUUUAAAUCGGCUUGCCCGAGAUCAUAUAGUUACGCUUACGACGAUGCUACGAGUACAUUUACAUGCACUGGUUCAGAUUAUACCAUCAUAUUUUGCCCCGGAUCAACAAGCCAAAAAUCAUCAACAGAUGCAUCUGGAACAACUGCAAAUGGUUCAUCGGUGAUUCCUAAAGCACCGAAACCUGAAGAUGGUCCCAACGGAUCAUCAUGGCUGCCAAGUUUUACCAUUGGAGGAUCGUCGAGAAGAAUUUCCAACAAUGCCCUCACAUUGACAUUAAUUUCAUUUAUUGUCUUUUAUUUUUUACAAUUAUAAAGAAUUAGAUAUGUUUAAGAAACGAGAAUGUAAUUAUGAGCAAUUUUGUAUAGGUAUGUUUAAGAAUUGCUUAAGAACAUUUAGAGAAACAUAAAUUAAUUUAUUUUUCAGAAUAUUGUAUUUCUUUUCCGACUUAUUAAUUUGAUGUGUGUUUGUUUUCUGUUUU